UGUAAUUUUUAAGACUUUUUAGAAGUCUUUAAUUUUGUUCUAUAUUUUUAAUUUUUUACCGUAUAUAAACUGAACAAAAGAGUAUGCCACCCCCAAGACCGAAGGGGAUAGGAUUUAAUACAGGAGUUCAAACAGGAGCGAGAUCAAACUCAAAUACGCCCAUGUCGGAGAGGCAACAAAUGGCUUUACUAAUCCAAAUGACUGCUACAUCUUCGACAGAUUCAUCUCGCACCAAUUUAAAGAAGAAUGAAUGCAAGAAGGGAGACGCCGAGAGCGACGAGAGCAACUUGAAUGAGAAGCAAGAGGUCCUGGACACAAAAGACAAAAGUUCCGCAGAGGAAAGCAGCAGCGAUGGUAAAAACAGCGAUUCGGCGCAUCAGGGUAGCUCAGGAGCCAAGCGCUGUUACUCAGACAUAGAGGAGGACUACGAGGAAUCAGGCGAGGACGUGAAGAAAAAGAAGCGCAAGGAUUCGGAGCAUGGCAAGGACUUGAAGGGCGCAUCCCUGAAGCUCUCAUCCAGAGUGGAGAAGGGCUCCAAGCUAGCGGCAACCAAAGGCUCGCCGUUGGGCAACAAAAGCAGUGCGGCAUCCAAUGCCGAUAAGGAACAGGUGGAGAUUAGCAAGAAUGUGGACAUCGAGAACGAAACCGAGUGCAGCGAUGAUUACAAGAGUAACGAUAGCCUAUACAACGGUGGACUCAAGGUGCCACCUCUGAAGAUUGUGAUUCCGCAACAGAACUGCUCCAUCGACACUGAAGGCAAUGUACUGAGAACCGGCAAGGUGACAGCCUCUCGCAAUGCGGCCCUGCCGUACGUGGUCAGCUCCAACAGCGACUCUAUCGACACGGUUAUAACCAGCCAGUCCAUCAGCCCGCACGAGAGCCCACAGAAGAGCAGCAUUUGCUCCACAGUUCUGGACGACAAGAAUAUAAAGCUCUUCAAUGACGAGAAGAACCUGAGGGUUCUGCGGAGUUCUCAUCGCACCGGUGUCACGAGUGUGGAGCGCAGCUCUAAUAACUCAUCCCCUCAGAUGCAGAGCAGCUCUCCAUCGCCGGCGUCAUCGAAUCAUGCCAAUGACACGGCGGAUGUGAAGCUAUCCUACAGCAACAUGACGUCUAGUCCCAUACCGCAAGGCCAUCAAUUUGACCAGGAGACAAUCACCAAUGUUCCGAGCCCCUCCACAUCGUCAACCUCUUCGUCGAAGGAAAUAAAUCCCUCGUCGAACGUGGACUUGCAUCCGCGCAAACGAAAGAUACGGCCCAAGAACACGGAUGACAGUUCCAAGAACUCGAAUGCCAACAUGGAUUCGGGAGCAAAUUCUGAGGAAUCUCAUCCCCACGAUCAUCCCUUCACCAACGGUUUCCAGAUGUUCUUGAGCAUCCGUCGCCAGAUCGAGAAGAAAUGGAAGAGCCUGUAUCCCAUCAAGCCGAGACCUCCGCAGGGAUACAACGAUUAUCUGCUUACAAAGAAAUCGUACUUAUUGAGCCGCAAUUCGCAAUGUCCGGCUGUGGAUGUUCCCAGCACUGUGCCGCAGGCCAUGACGCGAAUUUAUGAGGAUCAGGAGAAGGCUAGGCGAGAUUUAAUCCAAGCGCACACAGUGGAACGAGAAAAGCUCUGCAUGAAUGUGGAGCAGGAGAUUAUUCGGGUCCAUUCGAAGGCGGCCAGGAGUAUAUCUGGCCAGUCGGCACCGUAUUCCGUGUGUACAUACCUAAAGGACGACGAGGUCUACAACCUGUUCACGCCGGAGCAGGAUGAAAAGGAGAAGAGUGCACGGUGUCGCUUUAAUGGCCGAUUGCUACUCAGCUGGCUACAAGAUGUCGACGAUAAGUGGGAGAAAAUCAAGGAAUCAAUGGUGCUGCGUCACCACAACGAGGCCGAAAGUCUGCAUGCCGUUCAAGUCAUGGACUGGAAUAUAUUCGCGAAACGAAAUAGACUUUGUGACAAUCCGAUUGAAGUGAAUUUGGAGCAUGUACCAAUAGUUUCAGUUGGCGACGAUUUUGAUACAUUACCGACAUAACUGCGAGAUUGAGAAAAUAAAGUUAAAUU